AUCUUGUAAAGCGUCAUAUUCAUGAGCAAAAUAUAGAUAUUGCUAUAAUUUCAAAUAAACUAACUUUAUGCUUGCAACCAUUAGAUAUGUCUUUAAACAAACUAUUUAAGACAAAAGUAGACAGCUUUGAAGAUAGUUCAAUUUUUGAUUUUGAGAAAGCAUUAGGUAAAAAGAGAGAAAUUGGUGUUGAAGAAGGUAGAAGUCACGAUGAUAUAGAUAAUGAAAAUAAUUAA